GCGACAGGAUGUUGGCGUGCCAAUAUCAAUUCAUCCAAUUCUGAAUCCCUAUCUACACCGACUCUCUCUCUGGCUAAAAAUCAAUUCCUCAAUCACAUAUUCACAUACAAAGAGGGAUCGCUGUCUAAAAUCCUUUUGUGGCAUCUGCCAAGUCUGAUAGUAUAUCUGUCUACCAAAGAAAGCGAAAGCAGAGUGAAAUUCGCACGCCCCCUUUCCCCCUUAUGGCCUCAUCAUUUUAAUUCCGUUGUCCGUUUACUCUCGGCCCUCUCUCUCUCUCUUGGUUGAAGGAUCCUGUUUUGGAUUAUUAUCCCAAUCUUUGUCUUAACUGGUAGUUGUGCAUAGCAGCCGUUGAGAGUAUUUUUUACGCUCUCUCACGCAACCUGCAAUGGCAACUAACGAGAACCUUCCUCCAAAUGUCAUAAAACAACUGGCAAAGGAACUUAAGAAUCUCGAUGAAACCCCUCCGGAAGGCAUUAAAGUUGGUGUAAAUGAUGACAACUUUUCGGUAAUAUAUGCUGAUAUUGAAGGCCCAGCUGGGACGCCGUAUGAGAAUGGCGUUUUCCGAAUGAAGUUGAUAUUGUCUCAAGACUUCCCACACUCUCCUCCAAAAGGCUAUUUCUUGACAAAGAUUUUUCACCCUAAUAUAUCAUCCGUUGGUGAGAUCUGUGUAAAUGCAUUGAAGAGAGACUGGAAUCCAACUCUUGGCUUACGGCAUGUUUUGAUUGUGAUCAGAUGUUUACUUAUCGAACCAUUUCCAGAAUCGGCUCUAAAUGAACAGGCUGGCAAGAUGCUGCUAGAAGAUUAUGACGAGUAUGCAAGACACGCUAGGCUUUUUACUGGAAUACAUGCUGUGAAAUCGAAGCCGAAGCUGAAAUCUGGAGCGAUUUCUGAGCCGGCUGUGUUGAACGCGGACCAGAUGAAUACCUCGGUAAAGUGUGCCGAUCAAAAGACUGUCACACUCGGUGGUGCUCCCCCGUUGCCCUCCCCAUUGACCCCCAAACCAGAGAACGGGCAAGAUCAGUCAGCAGCUAUGCCGUCGUCAGCAGAGAUAGGAGUGAGUGGAUCGAAAGCAGCUCCAGCGACACUGAAGAAGGAGGCUGCACUGACAAAGGUUCCCGCAGACAAGAAGAAGAUAGAUGCUAGAAAGAAAAGCUUGAAGAGACUAUGAAACAUCGGUAUCGUCUUUGGCUUCUUUCUACUAUUUUUAAAUGUCAAUUUGUUGUUCUCUUGUACUAUAUAGAUGGGAGCUUUGGAUUAUAACUCCGAUGUCGAUUUGUUGGAAUAUAACUCCUUGUUCAUUUUCUCUCUUUAUUGUGAAAGAAAUGAGUAGUAUCCAAUUGGGGUACAUAAAUGCUACAUUUGGUGAAAUAUAUAUCAAUUUUUGUCGUUUAUUUA